UAAUAUACUAUUUCUUUUGAUGUAAUUUCCCUCUUACCGGUGGUGAGCCUCUCCUUCUAAUCAAGACUUCGAAUUCGUACGGCGCCGGACGGAGGCGCGAAGCCACUGCUCAGCGGCAGCCCACAAAGAUCAAGAUAAAGAAUUGGUAGUUUAAUCGGAACUCGAAGAAACAUUGCCGCCCAGUGCCAGAAGAACUUUCUGAAAUUGAUUGAGGAAAAUUUCACAAUCAGGGAUUUAGGGUUUCUGGGAUUCCAUGUCAACCGGCAGACUGAAGGACGGGGACCGUCGGCUGGUGGUUCCGAUGCCACCCGAACCAAAGUCUGAAACGCAGCUGGCUUCAACGGACUCGAACGCGCUCGUGGCAUAUACGCCGCCGGUGAAGGAGGAGGAUGAGGAUUUGGAAGUCAAGCUCCGGAGAAUCAUUGAUAACGUUCCUGUUCGCGUUAGCAACACAUCUGGGAGUUCUGCUGGUUCUGGUUCCGGUGACUUUCAUCAGUAUAGGCAAAUGAGGCGAAAAGAGCAAGACAGACUUGCUAGAAUGGACGUUGAUUAUCAGAGAAAGAAAGAAAUAGCCGAAUUCAAUAUGCGAAGGGAAGAGAGAUUGAAAGCUGCAGAGGAACGCACUGAAAAGAAGCGCUUAAAACGCCAAAAGAAAAAGCAAAGAAGAAAAGAAAAGAAGAGAAAAGUGAAUUCAGGCGGAGAUGAGAAUCAGAAAGAUGCAUCCUCCGGUGAUGACGGGGAUACAGAUAAUGGUGAGGAUGAAGCUACAUGAUUGAUUCUUUUCCAGCUGGAACCGGAGUUUUAACUUAUAGCAUCAAGCUUUUUCGGACGAGCAUCUAUCGAACCAGAAGACAGCCACCAGUUUGCCUACCUGUCAUUUAAGGGGUCCACAAUUCCUUGUCAACCGUUUUAGUACCCGGAUCUGUUGGCUUACGUGUUUCUAUUGCAGGUGGAGUUGGAAGAAUGGUGCAUUUCGAAUACAAAUUCCUCCCAUAUCUCCCACAGGACACCUAUUCUCUCUCUUUCAAUUGCAUGACAUCCAAUCGUGUUAGCAGAAUAUCUAUUUCGUUUCAUGUUGAACAGAUUGACAGUUUAUGAAUCUGAGUUUGAGGGAUACUCGUUGCUUAUGAUUUAUGAACAGCAGGGAUGUUCUUCAAUGAGUAGAGAUGCAAAAUUUUGGUAA